CACACAUAAAAAAUAAUAAGAAUCAUACGAAAAUGAACAGUUUGAAUGACAGUUGGCUAGAUUUUCUUGUUAAACAUUCUAUUUUUGAGUUGAAGGAUUCAGAGCAAAAAUACUCAGAAAACAUCAAAGCAAAGCAAACACGUCAAGAAAAUAAUAUUACCGAUUUUGUUCUUCAACAUCAUAAUCGUGUUAUUUCAAUUAGAGAUAAUGAUUUAUUUGUAGCAGUUGGUCCUCAAAUUAGAGUACUCAACCUAACUUCUUUUAAAGAUACAUGGAUGAAACUCGCUCAAGAAGCUGAUGAAAAGGGUGUUGAAUUAUCUGAUGGCUGGAUUCAAUCUGUGCAUUAUAAGAUUCUAGAUACACCUGAAAUUAACUUUAGAAUAGAAUCAAUGAUUCCUAAUAAGAAUGGUCGUCUUCUAGCAGUAACUGGGGAACAACGAUUAGUCAUUGUUUGUUUACCAAGACAAGGCUUUUCAACUAUUUCUGAUACUAUUUCUAGAAAGAAAAUUGAUUGUCGUACUUUAUCAGUUGGUACAAAAUAUUACGAUAGCAAUAAAACUAGUAUCCUUAAAAUUGAAUGGCAUCCUCUUAGUGAAACACGUACUCAUAUUGUUGUUCUUGGUAAUGACAGCAUCUUAAGAAUGUUUGAUGUUAGUGCAGAUAUCGAUAAUCCUGAACAAUUCUUUGAUCUAUCUCCAGCAGAACAAAGAAAGCCUCAACAAAAUCGAGUAAAAAUUGGCUAUUCUAUUGAUGACGAGGAUAAUUUUGAUGAAGAUGUUGUUUCUUUUGCUCUUGGAGGUCCUAGCAAAGAUAGUAGUGGCUGGGAAUGCUUUACUAUCUUUUAUGCACUUCGAAGUGGUCAUAUUUAUGCUCUUUGUCCUGUUAUUCCUUACAGAAGUAUCGUUCGUCGUAGUCAUUUAGAUAAUCUUCUAUGUCUGUCUGAAGCUAAAUAUGAACAAGCUAAAUCUGGAUCAGCAAACGAACACAAGACAUUAUCUCACCUUUACAGCCUUCAUAGUGUAUGGAUUGAUAUAUUAUUUCAGUCUGCUAAAAUUACACGAAAGACAAUUGCUUUAGAUAAUGAUAAUUUAACGGUUUCAAGUGAUAAUCAGCAUAGUUUGUAUCCUGUACGAAGACAAGGACCAUUUUUAAUUAAUCAUACAGAGCUUUUUAACGCCGGUAUUGAGGUUACAGAUAUGUUAUUCUUGAAUGCUGAGCCAGUAAGCUGCAUUGCAUUAGCAAUGAAUACUGGUGUUAUUCAUAAUUAUAUUCUUGGAAGUGAAAUUGAUGCUCAAUGGCAGUUACCUGUAAUAAAUGCUAAAAAUAAUUGGCAAAAAGAGUUGGCAAUUUUACUUACUGAUUCAGAGUUCCUUCCUAAAGCUUCCUUGUAUGAAAUAAUUAAUCUUAAAGCUCAAGAAGAUCCUAAAUUCCAGAGCGUUACCUUAAUUACUGAUCCUUUAUAUGAAGAUGUAUACUAUGCUUAUCACGCUGGCGGUGUUCAUGCUAUUUCAAUGACAAACUGGAUAAAAAAUUUACGUGAUAUUAGUAUAAAAUAUGAAUCUGGUCAAGACGCUGAAGCCAAGCGUGAUUUAGAUGGUUGGUUAAAAGAAAAAUCAUCUUCUGAAGUUAGAUUACUUGUCAACACCUCUCCAUUCAAAGAUGGAUUCUUGCCUAUUGCAGGAUUAGCUAUUAUUACAGAUAUUUACUUGUCUUAUUCUUUACUAGCAAUUACUAGUGGUUAUCGAUUGGUGAUAAGGGAGUUGAAUAUGCGUCGUGACACCGUUAUAUCUGAAGCAUCUCAAAAUGCCAUUAAAGCUCAAUUAAAGGAUAUUGGUGCUGAAGAAGGAGUUAUUAGUACCAGUUAUCAAGCCCUUUUACCUUUACCAGCCUUCGUUCCUCCUCCUCAACUUGACUCAUUACCAAAACAAGCUAAAGUCGUCAUCCCUUCGGAGAUGAGUGGAUCAAAAGAAAUUGUUGUUAAUGAAGAAACUCUUCGAUUCUUUGCAAAAGCUUCUGAACAAAUCCGUCGUGAAGCUCGUGAUAUCAAAAAAGCUGCUUCAAAGAUUGAUAGCAGGUUACUUUUACAACAAAAAGAAUUUGAAAGACAGUUAAAUACAGUAAGAGAAUUAUAUGAUAGAUUACAAAAGGUGAAUUCAGAUAAGGCCAAAGAUGAAACACAGCAAAAAUUAAGAGAUAUUGCUCAAAAACAUACAAAAUUACGUCUAAGAAUUGACGAACAAUUACGUACCUUAAUGAAAAAUUAUCAACCUGAGCUUUCAAAGGAAGAGGAAGAAUGGAUUGAGAAACUGGAAAAGCUUUCUAAAAAAGUUUCUGGGGAAUCUGGCUACGCUGCAAGAAUCAAAAUGUUACAAGAACAAUUGAAGCAAGCUCAAGAUCAGAAAACAAAUGUUAGUAAACUCAACACUACCAAUAUGAACCCUAUACAGCUCAAGAAUAUUUUACGUACAUUGAAUGAUCAAUCUUUAACGAUUGAUGAAAUAAAAGAUAGGAUGAAGAACCUUCAAAACAAAGUGUCUACUACAGUUGCGUAAACAACUAUUGGCUGAUAAUGAAGAAAAACAGCAUAUUGAGAUUUAUAUAUAAGGU